AUGGACAUGUCCAAGGCAUUCGAAAAAGUCCACCAUAAAUAUCUGAUAAGCAAAUUAAGGAACGUCUAUGGCAUCUCUGGUAAACUCCUUCGCUGGUUUGAGUCAUAUCUAAUAAAUCGCAAGCAACGUGUGACUGUGCCAGGAGCUACAUCCUCCGCGAGACCUGUCCUGUCAGGAGUUCCACAGGGUUCAAUAUUAGGUCCCAUACUGUUUCUGCUGUACGCGAACGACCUGCCGGAUACAGUAAAGCACUCCAAGAUCGCCUCCUUCGCCGAUGACACGAAACUAUUUAAGAACGUUGACUCUACUUCCGAUGCCAUCUCCUUACAAAGUGACCUGAGUAGUUUGGAGAACUGGUCAACAUCUUCUGGCCUUGUCUUCAACCAAGACAAAUGCAAAUGUCAGCGUGUAACAAGGAAAAAUAAUCCUAUCAAAUACGAAUAUAAGAUCAAUAACAAGUCCCUGGUGGUCACCGAAAAAGAGAAAGAUUUAGGUAUAUGGAUUACGGACGCGUUAAACUGGUCUUACCAUACCCUCGAUCGCUGUGCGAAGGCAAACAAAAUGCUUGGUUUCCUGCGUAGGGCUGCAACGGAAAUUACAAAUGUUAAGAUACGCCGCACACUGUACCUAUCAAUUGUUCGCUCAACGCUAGGUUACGCCACUCAAGUCUGGUCACCACAAUCGAUCGACUUAAUUACGAGGACAGAACGCAUCCAACGACGAGCUACAAAGUUCAUUUUGAAAUUACCAUACGUGUGCGGAGAAACGUACAAAGACAGGCUGAUCUCCUUAGACUUACUACCAAUAACCUACUGGCACGAGUUCCUUGACAUUAUGUUUUUCUUUAAAGCUGUAAACAAUAUUAUAAUUGUCUCGAACGAAAUCCUUCCGCAGCCAAUUAUCCCAUCAAGGCUCACUAGAACCUCGGUUGACACCAACCUGCUUUCCUUCCGUCCUCGCAAAUGCAAGACGCUGACAUACCAACGCUCUUUCUUCAUCAGAGUAAUAAGAACUUACAACUCUCUGCCAGAAAAUCUAAGGCAAAAAGAUCUCUCACUGGUACGAUUUAGAACAUUGUUGCUGGACUACUACCACAACGCUGCCAAGACAUCCUAUGAUGUAGACGAUGCCAGAACGUGGAGAACAGUCUGCUUAAAAUGCAACACAUCACGAAAACUUGUGCAACCAUUAACGUGUUGCUAUUAGUACAUGUAUACUAUCAAUUAUGAGUUUCAAUUUAUAUAUUAGUUGUGUGUUUUCUGUAUCCAAGGGCCCACAGUAAUUGGUUUUAAGCUGUUGUGGUGACCCCGCCUUUUUGUUGUUGUCACCUUUUUGUCCAACCUUGAAACGUGGAGGCUGGGCGUAUUUGCUGCGUUUGGAUAUGUUUUGUCUAGGUCUAUGCCAAGUCAUGUUGGGCUUGUAAAAAUCAAGCUAUUCUAAAAUGAAAAUAAUUGUAAAAUUAAACCGUCCUAGGUUAGCGGUCAAGGGUGUAUGUUUUUGUUUUACUAUCAUGUUGAAACAUAGACAGGGGCGCUGAAGUUUGCUCGUUUUCGGGUUGGACAGAAAUGGUUGUGUGUACGUGUUGUUUGAUUGUGUAAUUAUAGGCGAAGCUAAAUAAAUAAAUAAAUAAAUAAUUUUACAGAGCAAGGCGGCACACGGCCGCCUGUGCUGGCGUCACGUCACGUCAAAGAAAAGAAAGUUUUCUCAAAGAAUUUUCCCUCCCAGCGUUGGCAUUGCAUCAUAAUGUUUUUCAUUCUUUUAGAUCCGACCGUCAUUUCAGCGAACUAUCGACGAAUAGUCAGGCAAGGAAAUUUUAAAUUCAUUCUUGGUAAAAGUGUUCCUAUACCUGCAAUGGAUACUGUAAAAAAAAUCACAGACGAAUUUAUAGAAGUUGAAUAUUUUCUCAAGAACAAAAACCGUGUUAAGGAAAUCUUUCUACAACCAGUUCCACAUGAACAUUUGUUGAAAAAAAGCGCACAAAAGCAACCAGGAAUCCCUUUGAACAUUUUAAUCAUUGGUGUAGAUUCACUGUCUCAUUCAAAUACGAAACGAAAAUUGUCGAAAGUGUAUAAGUAUCUUAAAAACGAGCUUAGAUCGAUCUUAUUUAAUGGACAUUCUAUAGUCGGGGAUGGAACCACGGAGCAACUGACCGCAAUGUUAACUGGACUAGGAGAGCUAGAGCAGCACGAGUCAAGACGUCAUCAUAAAAACCCCAAACCUGUUGAUGGUUGGUCGUGGAUAUAUAAACAACUUAAAGGUAAUUAAUAUAAACUGUUGAGGUAUUGGUCGGAACUAUACAUAUAUUAGUAUAAUAAUUGAUGACACAAACUUCGACUUGAAAAUUCUUCAUAUCAUGCUCAACAUCAUUGAAUAAUUGUUAAAUAUCUAAUAACUGCUAGUUGAACACCACCUGCUGUGCGACAGCGUCCAGUGAAAACCAGUAUAGCACUUAUUUAUUGACCAGUAUAGCACUGUUAUUAGCAUCACUUUUGUUAUAUGCUCAUUAUAUAGAAACUGGUUACUUGACCGGUUAUUCUGGUGACUGUCCCGGGUUGGGUCCAUGGCAAUACAGACUGAUGGGCUUCAAGAAUCCACCAACCGAUUUCUACACAAGACCAUUUUAUGCCAUGGCUGCACAGCUGAUUAAAAACCCGAACAUCUGCUUAGCUUCCAGGACUAUAUCUAAAGUUCAGUUUGAUUAUAUUCGAGAAGUCUUUGAUAUGUUCAAGAAUAAACUGAAGUUCUUUUUCUCAUUCAACGGUAAGAUAAGAUCAUUAGUAUAUUAUUUUAUUUUAAUUAACGUGUCCAGUGUAGAACGGCAAAGCAAUCACGGAUUAAAAUAUUAAAGAUAAAGUAAUUUUAACCUUCACAACUAGGUUAUUAUUCCAAAGGUGAUUACAAGUGCCCGUUUAUACAAUCCCGCUUUUUGGGAUGGAGGGUGGAAUGAAGUAUUGAAAGAUAUCCUCAUUUCACCUUCUAAACUCGCACAAAGAAUCUCAUGAGAACUUUACUGACAUCUUUUAGCUCGAAAACUAGGAUUUCACUAUAUUAAAUCAAACGGUGGUACUUUUUUGGGACACCCAGCACAUGGUCCAAGGUUACAGCUCAGAUGGGAAGAAGUUAAGAGGUCUCAAAACUAGGAUCAAACUGCUUCGCUGAAUGUUUAAUGGAACAUUGUCGUUUGCAUCGGGAAAAGAACAAUUGGAGAUAAAAACUAUUGCCUCUACUUGUGAUUUUAAUGUUUCAGCCAAUCAUGUUUAACUAGUCACAAGCGGAAUGUCCAAUUGAAAGUUUCAAAUGCUCAUUACAGUAAUUGAAGUUUCAUGUAAGAAUGGAUUUUUUAUCAGAAUAGACAAUGUUUUUUGAUAUACAGCUAUUUCAAUUAAGGUUGUCCCCGAGCAAAGUGGAAAAGUCGAAUACGAUCAUUGAAAAAAAAACAUUAAUUUUUUAGCGAUUUCCAGUAAGCUUUUCGCGCUCCCAUUCGACUUUUCCGCUUUGCUCGGGGACAACCUUAAUUGAAAUAGCUGUACAUCAUCAUAUUCAUUCCUAGAUGCUAAGUCUGCCGACGACGAUUGUAUGUUCUCUCGUGUCUUCAUGCAUGUCCAGGGGUGCCUGAAGCAAUGUGAAGCGGCGGGGGCAGCCAUUUCAAAAGGGCACUUGCUUCUCAGCCAUCAUUUUUCUGGGCGGCAAUAUUUUUUAAAACGUUAUUGUAUGGAUAGCCGAUUACUUUGGCUAUUGUGCAAUUGGAUCGGCAAACUUCGACAUUAAUUUUGAACAAUUUUAUUUGUUGCACCAGAUUGCACCAUGUUAAGCGCGCAAAAUUAAAUCAGUAAACGGAGGUACAUUGCCUGAUUUAGCAUUAAUCAGGGGCCGCGGAACCGGGGGCAAUGGGGGCAUGUGCCUCCCCACUAGUUUUUAAAAGUGAAAAAUGCCCUUUUUGGGGGCUAGAAAGAAAGUGCCCUUUUUGCAGUAGUAAAUACUCUGUAAAGGCCAUUUCUGACGUUAUUUUCUGGACUCCAUUUUUGUUCGGCUCGUGAACGACAUAAAAUCGUUUGAUUUUGAUCAUAAUUAUACAAAAGUGAUUCCGCGGCCUCUGGCAUUAAUUUUACUAUAACUGAUUAAAAUUAAGCAAACAUUGCUUAAACAUUGCAAUAGUGAUAAAUUCCAAUUCAUGUGAAUAACACACAAAUAUCGAAGCGCAGUUCUGGCGAAAAAGGGCAACCUGUUGCCCCUCUGCCGCCCUCGCACUGUUUCGCAACGGGGGCAGUUGCCCCCGCUGCCCCCGUGGCUCCGGCGCCCCUGUGUAUGUCAGAUUUCUGAUUGUUUUUUUCUCUUCAUUUUCUAGUACAUUACUCCCACAACGCUAACAGCGAGGCAGCAAAGAUUGAGCCCGACCUGCUCUCACUUCUUAAGGACUUAAAACAAAAUAAUCAUUUAAACAACACUUUACUGAUAGUCAUGGGAGAUCAUGGCAAUCGCUAUGGCAAAGCACGUACGUUGAUGCAGGGAAAACUAGAAGAAAGACUUCCACUAUUUUCAUUGACAUUUCCAUCAUGGUUUCUAGAAAAAUAUCCAGGGAUUUCCAAGAAUCUAAAAAUAAAUACCAAUCGUCUGACGUCAUGGUAUGACGUGUACGCUACAUUUCGUCACAUGAUUAGUUACCCAGACGUCCCUACAAACCUGAAACAUGGUCAAAGUUUGUUUACAGAAGUUCCUUCAUCACGCACCUGUGCUGAAGCUAGUGUUGAAAAACAUUGGUGUCCAUGUUUAGAGUGGGCAAGUAUAGCUCCAGGACAUAGUCAUGUAAACAAUUCAGCACUCGCGGCAGUAGAGUUCAUGAACAAUGCUAAUCUUGAACAUCAACUGAGCGCUAACAACUGUCGAAAGUUAACACUGAAAGACAUAAACUACGCUUUGUUAGAACGACCAAAUGACAAACUUUUAUCAUUUAAACAAACAAAUGAUUUACUGCCCGCAUUUAGCAAUAAAUCAAGACCGCAUCAUAAAGAUUUUUGUCGCUAUCAAAUACAGUUCACGACCUCCCCAAAUAACGGCACAUACGAAGCAACAGUACGAUACCACAAGGAAUGGUUUAUUGUAAGCAAGGGUAUUAGUAGAGUAAGCAAAUACGGUAAUCAACCAGAAUGCAUCGCGAGAGAUCUACCACAUUUACGAAAAUUUUGCAUGUGUAAAAAGAAAGCUGUUAAUGCAUAUGCAUCCGAAGAUAUCUUUCUGGUUCUUGUAAAAUGUAGUUAG